AUGGUUGCUGCAGGCGGCGACUCGGCAGAAGCAUCUUCUAUAAAGAUAUAUGCUCGAAUAAGACCUCAACGACCAAACUCAAAGCUAAAGACAACUCCAGGUCGUUACUGGAUCAGCUCACCUCCCGUCCUAGAUGCAUCUGACCCACACUCUCGUCCGCGUCUUGGAUUUCUAGUUCCACGCGACGAAACGGCUGGAUUAAUCAAUAACCAAAAGGAGUCGUUUGUGUUCAAAUUUGAUAGACUGUUUGACAUGGAUGUCAAACAAGAGGAAGUGUUUGAUACUGUUGCCAAACCAGUUAUUGAAAGCUCAUUACAAGGCUACAAUGGAACCAUUUUUGCGUAUGGUCAGACCGGUUCGGGAAAGACGUUUACGAUUACAGGUGGUGCCGAACGGUAUGCAGAUCGAGGUUUAAUUCCACGAACCAUCCAGUUUAUGUUUAAAGAGGCACAAAAAAACACACAUGUACAGUACACAUUUCACAUCUCGUACCUUGAAAUAUACAACGAGAUUGGGUACGAUUUGUUGGAUAGCACUCGUGAUGCCAAGAAAUUGGAGGAUUUACCUAAGGUUACAAUGCAAGAAGAUGCAGAUGAGAUGGUUCAUCUACGUAAUUUGAGCGUUGUUCAAACUGUUAACGAAGAAGAGGCUCUCAACUUACUAUUUGUAGGCGAUACAAAUCGCAUGAUUGCUGAAACACCUUCCAAUCCUUCAUCCUCACGAAGUCACUGCAUAUUUAUUAUUGGUGUGACUACAAGAGUCAAUGGAGAAGAUGUCAUUCGAAAAAGUAAACUUCAUUUAGUUGAUCUUGCUGGAUCUGAACGAGUUGGACGAACAGGAAUUGAUGGUGCUUUAUUACGGGAAGCUAAACAUAUUAAUCUAUCGCUGCAUUACUUGGAGCAAGUGAUUGUUGCCUUGCAUGAACACUCUCUUGGAAAGCGAUCACAUAUUCCCUAUCGAAAUUCAAUGAUGACAAGUGUGUUAAGAGACUCACUUGGCGGAAACUGCAAAACAACCAUGAUUGCUACUGUAGCUGUCGAAGAUCCAUUGAUUGAUGCAAGUAUAAAUUUUAAUAUCAAGUUAUGA